AUGAAGCUCCAUGGCGCAGCAUGGCGCAGCUCCGCAGCGAGCGAUUGUCAGGUGAAGAUCGAGCGUUUAAGCGGAGAGCGCUUAGAGUUUCAGCUCCCGGCCACCGCCAAGAUCAGUGACCUGAAGCUGCUGUUGCAAGAAACCUGUGGCGCUCCAUACUUUUGUCAAAAGCUCAUGUGGCGUCACUCCUUGCUGAAGAAUGCAGAGCCUUGGCUUCGGAACAGCUUGAGCCUGAUCCAAGACGCCUUUCACCCGGAGGCCGCCAAGGCACUGCGCGACGCCGCCCGGCAGGGCGACCUGCCGGGCGCGGAGCGGGCGCUGCAUGUGCCGGCGGAUCCGAACCAGGUGCUCCGGUUGCUGGUCCGCGCCGCUGCCCAGCUGGAGCGUGCUACGGUGCACGGGCGCACGCCGCUCUUCGUGGCCUGCCAACGAGGGAGACUUGGAGAUACAGUAGAGGCCCUCUGUGAGCUCGGAGCCAACAUGGAGACUGCAAGGAGCGGAGGUCAUACGCCGCUGCUGGCGGCCGCGCGCGAAGGACACCACGAAGUGGUGCAGUUGCUUUGCGAGAAGCGCGUCGAUCAGGAGCGCACAGCGAAUGGUUGGAGCCCCUUGUUGUUGGCCGCACGGCAUGGGCACACCGAAGUGGUCCAGGUCCGCAGCACCGGUGGUCCGAGCUUGCCCGACGGCACCUCCGCGCUCCACUUCGCCGCCGAACGGGGCAACGAGACGAUGGCGCGCCUGCUGGUGCCCUCGGUGGAGUGCCAGAUCGAUGUCAGUCAGGUGCAAAUGUCCGGCCGCGAGAGUGAGCAGUUGCUCCUGUCGAAGCUGUGCGACCGUGGUGCGGCGCUCCAGCCACAGAGCUUGGUCAUCACCAAGAUCCAGCAGGGCUACCACACCCGCAGCUAUGCCGACCAGCUGCGCAGGGCCAAGCGUUUGGCGUCCGCACUGCAACGCUGGGGAGUUCGGAUGGAGGACCGUGUGGCAACUUUGAUGUGGAACUCAGGCUGGCAUUUCGAGUGCUACCAGGCCAUUAGUUGCAUGGGAGCAUGUCUCCACACUCUGAACCUCAGACUGGGGCAAGCAGACUUGGGCUACAUCAUCCACCAUGCUCAGGACCGUAUCAUUUUCGUGGAUGCCAAUCUGAUCCAGCUUCUUGAGCAGAUUUCGCCCUCGGAUCUGGCCACCGUGGAGCUCUUCGUGUGUGCGGGCAGCGAUGGGGAAGCGAACCAAUGGAAGAGCAGCCAGCUGGACAGCCGAAAGACCAUCGACUACGAGGCCUUCUUGAACUCGGGCCACGAGGACUACCGAUGGCCCGCCCUGGCGGACAGCUCGAUGAUGGGGCUGUGCUACACCUCGGGCACCACUGGAAAACCCAAAGGUGCUGCAUAUAGCCAGCGGUCCACCUACUUGCACACCUUGAUGAUUUGUGGUGUCGACCAGUUGGCCAUCUCUUCUCGAGAGGUGGUACUACCGUUCGUUCCGAUGUUCCAUGUGCUCAGUUGGGGCAUCCCCUACGCUCUCCUGAUGACGGGCUCGCCGGCCGUCUUCACGUCCCACUUCACCGACCCAGGAGCCAUGCUACAGAUGAUGAUGGACUGGGGAGUGCAUGUCUCUACCGGAGUGCCAGCAGUUUGGCAAACUUUGCGGCAGCACAUCCAGAGCACAGGCUCGCUGGCGGCAGUGCAGCCGAAGAUGAGACUGCAGCGGCUGGUUUGCGGCGGCUCCAGCCCACCAGCGACGCUGAUGCGAUGGUUCUUAGAUGAGCUGGGUGUUGAGUUUGUUCAAGUGUGGGGCAUGACAGAGACCAACCCGAUUGGCUCGGUCGCACGGCGCAUUGGCAAGGUGACGGAUCUCGAGAAGGGUGUCGACGACAGCUUCAACAACGUGAAGAAAGCCGGCCUCCCAUCGCCAGGCGUCGAGGUGCGGAUCGCCCAGCUGGACGAUCUCAGCCGGGACGUGGCGCCGGGCGAGGCUGGGGAACUGCUGGUUCGAGGCCCUUGGGUCAUCCAAGAGUACUACGAGGUCGAUGCCAGUGAGAAGUUCUUCCAGGGAUGGCUCAUCACCGGCGACGUGGCGAAGAUCGAUGAAGAGGGGGCGAUCAUCAUCAGCGAUCGCUCCAAGGACGUGAUCAAGUCGGGGGGCGAGUGGAUCUCUUCCAUUGACAUGGAGAACGCGGUGUGCGCCAUGCCGGGCAUUUCCCUGGCCGCGGUGGUCGCCGUGCCGCACCCUCGCUGGGAUGAGCGCCCCGUGGUGGUGGUCAUCCUGGACAAAGGCGUCAACACGGAAGGCUUGCUGGACAGAGUGAGGGAGCACCUGUCCUCUUCCUUUGCCAAGUUCCAGCUGCCUGACGAUGUGCUGGUGUGGAAGGAGAUCCCGCACACUGGCACCGGCAAGAUGGACAAGAAAUCCAUCCGAGCGAAGCUGGAAGAGCAGCAGUACAUUUUACCGUCCCUUCGCACUUCCAAGCUUUGA